GUAGCAAUGAAAACUGUCCAGUUCAAAUCCAAUGGAUAUUAUUGAAGGAACCACAGUUGCGGACUGGAGUUGAAGAAGCAUCUGCUUAAUGUUUGAUCAAAGCUUACAAGUAAUAGAGAAAUCUAUGGUUAAUCUGCUGGUCACCUCCAUCCACUGCGAAGGGUAAAAAAACACAGGCGAGAGAAAUCUUCUGCAAGGAAGAAUGAAUUUUAGAAUUUCUCACUGAAGUGGGCAGAGACAUUUAGUCAUUGAAAAGAAGCAGGUCAAACUGCAUUGGUAUACAAGUUACCUGGAGAAAAAGAGAGAUGGAUGCAGAGGCUGAAGACAAAACGCUGCGUACCCGCUCUAAAGGAACAAAGGCAGUGCCAAUGAAUUCUCUAAUCCAGGAGCUCAGUGCUGCAUACGAUUGCUCCAUGACGAAGAAGAGGAGAACUGAAGAGCAGGCCUCGGGUGUCCCUGUCAACAAGAGAAAGUCCCUGUUGAUGAAGCCCAGGCACUACAGCCCACACAUGAACGGCACGGAAGGGCAGGACGCCAGGCCCCAGGCCAGGGAAGACGAUGGCUUCGUGGAGACCAAUGCUCAGACUACCACAGAAGAAACCAUGAUAAAACCUAUGGAUGAGAGUCUUCAUUCAACAGCACAGGAAAACUCCAAUGGGAAGGAAGACAGAUACGACUGUUACCAAGAGUUUGUGGUCAAAUCUUUAAUGCACUUGGGGAAAUUAGAAAAAAAUGCACCUGUUCAGACUAUAAAUGAAAACUUAAAUGACAGUGGCAUCCAGUCUCUAAAAGCGGAGAGUGAUGAAGUGGAUGAGUGCUUUAUGAUUCAUUCCGAUGAUGGGAAAGACAAAAUCAACGACUCCCAGCUAAGAUUCUCUUCCUCCGACGACAAUGAGAGUAACCCUGAAAGUGCAGAGAAUGGUUGGGACAGUGGCUCCAACUUCUCAGAAGAAACCAAACCAUAUAGAGUCCCAAAGUGUGAUUCUGAAACACAGGGGAGAGACCCACAGAGUGCUCACACAGAACCACUGGAUGGCAAAGCCCAGGCCUCGUUCCCUGGGGCUGAGGAAGACGAUAACCGGUGCCUGGCAGUGAUGACAGAAGAGUCUGUGGACCUGGAGAAGACGAAGGGAAACUUGAGUUUGCUGGAGCAGGCCAUUGCUCUGCAGGCCGAGCCCGGCUGUGUGUUCCAUAACACCUACAAGGAGCUGGACAGGUUUCUGCUGGAGCACCUAGCAGGGGAAAGGAGACAAACCAAAGUUAUUGACAUGGGUGGAAGACAAAUCUUUAACAAUAAACAUUCACCGAAGCCCGAGAAGAGGGAGACCAAAUGCCCCAUCCCUGGGUGUGAUGGCUCAGGACAUGUGACAGGCCUCUACCCCCACCACCGCAGCCUUUCAGGGUGCCCCCACAAAGUGCGGGUUCCCCUCGAAAUUCUUGCCAUGCAUGAAAAUGUGCUCAAGUGUCCUACUCCAGGAUGCACAGGAAGAGGACAUGUGAACAGCAAUCGAAAUACCCACAGGAGUCUUUCAGGUUGUCCAAUUGCUGCAGCUGAAAAAUUGGCAAUGUCCCAGGACAAAAAUCAGCUUGAUUCUUCCCAAACUGGACAGUGCUCUGACCAGGUACACAGGACAAGCUUGGUGAAGCAAAUAGAAUUCAAUUUCCGAUCACAAGCCAUCCCCUCUCCCAGAGCCACAGCUUCAAAAGAACAAGAGAAAUUUGGAAAGGUACCAUUUGAUUAUGCCAGCUUCGAUGCACAGGUUUUCGGUAAACGCCCCCUCAUACAAACAGGUCAAGGACAAAAAACACCACCAUUUCUUGAACCGAAGCAUUUUUCAAAUCCAGGGAAAUUUCCUAAUCGACUGCCUAGUGCAGGCGCCCACACACAGAGCCCUUGCAGUGCCAGCUCUUAUAGCUACGGUCAAUGUAGUGAAGACACCCACAUAGCAGCAGCUGCUGCCAUCCUGAACCUUUCCACCCGCUGCAGGGAAGCUGCAGACAUCCUCUCCAACAAACCACAGAGCCUGUAUGCCAAGGGAGCCGAGAUAGAAGUGGAUGAAAAUGGCACAUUGGACUUAAGCAUGAAAAAAAAUCGAAUCCCGGACAAAGCUGCACCCCUAACUUCCUCUAACACUUCUAUUCCAACUCCUUCAUCUUCCCCAUUCAAAACAAGCAGCAUUUUGGUCAAUGCAGCGUUCUAUCAGGCUCUCUGUGACCAAGAGGGUUGGGAUGCUCCAAUCAACUAUAGCAAAACUCAUGGGAAGACAGAGGAGGAGAAAGAGAAAGACCCAGUGAACUCUCUAGAAAAUGUAGAGGAAAAAAAGUUUCCUGGAGAGUCCUCCAUGCCAAGCCCUAAACCCAAGCUCCAUGCAAGAGAUCUCAAAAAAGAACUAAUCACCUGUCCAACGCCAGGAUGUGACGGAAGUGGCCACGUCACAGGAAACUAUGCAUCCCAUCGCAGUGUUUCUGGAUGUCCUUUAGCAGAUAAGACUCUUAAAUCCCUCAUGGCUGCUAACUCUCAGGAGCUUAAGUGUCCAACCCCAGGUUGUGAUGGUUCAGGGCACGUGACUGGAAACUAUGCUUCCCACAGAAGUUUGUCCGGCUGCCCUCGUGCCAGGAAAGGUGGUGUCAGAAUGACAGCUACGAAGGAAGAAAAAGAAGACCCUGAACUCAAAUGUCCUGUGAUAGGGUGUGACGGCCAAGGUCACAUAUCAGGUAAAUACACAUCCCAUCGCACAGCUUCUGGCUGUCCCCUGGCUGCCAAGAGACAGAAGGAGAAUCCUCUCAAUGGGGCCCCCCUCUCCUGGAAGCUGAACAAACAAGAGCUACCACACUGUCCCUUGCCAGGCUGCAAUGGGCUGGGCCAUGUAAAUAAUGUUUUUGUCACCCACCGAAGCUUAUCUGGCUGUCCUUUAAAUGCACAAGCUAUCAAAAAGGGCAAGGUCUCAGAAGAACUAAUGACCAUCAAGCUCAAAGCAACUGGAGGUAUAGAGAGUGAUGAAGAAAUUAGGCAUUUGGAUGAAGAAAUAAAGGAACUUAAUGAAUCCAACCUUAAAAUUGAAGCAGAUAUGAUGAAACUUCAGACGCAGAUCACAUCUAUGGAGAGUAAUUUAAAGACAAUAGAAGCAGAGAACAAACUUAUUGAACAGAAUAAUGAAAGCCUGCUAAAGGAGCUGGCAGGUCUAAGCCAAGCUCUCAUUUCAAGCCUUGCCGACAUCCAGCUCCCACAGAUGGGGCCUAUCAGUGAGCAGAAUUUUGAAGCAUAUGUAAAUACACUCACAGAUAUGUACAGCAACCUGGAACGGGACUAUUCCCCAGAAUGCAAAGCUCUGCUAGAAAGUAUCAAACAGGCAGUGAAAGGCAUCCACGUGUAG